CAUCUCCACAGAUAACAUAGAAAUGAAUGUCGGAGAUGCUUACUGCAUUGUGAAGCAGGUGCAGGAGGUCGUGUUAAAGAUUGCGGAAAUGCAGUGUGUACAAAUUUUGAGACAGAAUUUAUUUAUUAUGAAGUAGUUGCGGGAGUAUGUUUUUCUGACGUUAACCAAGAGUUGUGUCGAAAAAUGGAAUAAUGACAACUAAAUCUGAAAUUAACCUCCAAAAUUUCUAUGUUUACAAUUCUUCGUAUGGGCAGAAGGAAGGGGAGGAACUCAAAAAUAUAUUGUAUUAUUACCCGCCGCAAACAGACGUCGAUACUCAGAUGAAAAAUGUUGGCCUUAGUGAAGCAAUAAUUAAGUUUACCGAUACUUUCAGUCCAGACCUACCAUGUGACUCACUACAUACACAGAAGACGAAGCAACUUUACUAUGAACCAGAGAGCGGUUUUUGGAUGGUGAUGACUGUGAACAUUCCUUGCGUCUCAAAGACGAAAGAUGAUACAGAGUAUUUGGAAUAUCAGAGUGAUGAUGUCCAAGACACUGUCUAUUUGGCUGUGUUAAAACAGUCAUAUCAGAUGUUUCGCUUGUUCAAGAACUCAUUCACAGCCAUUCUUGAUAGUAAGGAUGGAGAUGUUGGAUACUUGAAACAGAAACUGGAAAAUUUCUUUUCAAGAUAUCUCCUCACACUGAAGCUCAACCAUUGUGACGUACUGGAUGUAUUUCAAGGAAUUCAGUUCCUUCCAUUAGAUAAACAAACAUUCCUCAGAGUGCAGUGUUUUGUUAACCUCAUUGAGGCUAUGUUCCAACAAGUGAAAUAUACAGCCUUCCUGUACAAUGACCAACUAGUCUGGAGUGGAUUAGAGCCUUGUGAUAUGCAAGUGGUCUAUAGGUAUCUAGUAACAAGUCUUCUUCCAGCUCAUUUAGAGACAGAGUUGCAAGGUGGAUCUAUGCCCCGACAUCCAACAACACAGUUUUCAACCACUCAUUAUGGAAGGUUCGUUACGGGGCCCCAAAAUGUACAAGAUGGUACUAGUAGUACUGGGAAAGUUCCUAAAGUGUAUAUCAACCAUGAAUCAUCUACUGAAAUGUUUCACUUAGUGGUUUAUCGAGCUCUUAGUGCAACAGUUUGUCUCUUCAUUGAUGGUUCAUUAAUACUGAAUAUGGAUCUGUUUAAACACCUUGAUAUAUUCUUGGGACCACAGCUGACAACACUGGUGUCUGAAGUAGCAGAACACUGUUCUAAACAAGCUGCUAACAGUGGUGCAAGUUCACCAGAUUCUAGUCCUAAAUUUGUAUACUUUAACCAACUUAAUUUGGCUCAGAAAACAACUGUUCAUCUUGAUAACAGAAGAACAGGAAACAUAGCAGUUACACCUGAAGUUCUGAGGUUAUUAGCAGACAUAAAUGCUGAUAAGGAAAGGAUGUCAACAACUGGAGAAACUAUUUUAAAAACCAUGAGUGAUUACUGGGUUGUAGGUAAAAUUUCAAAUCUAAGAGAAUUUUAUGCAGUAAUUCAGCAAAAAAGUGCAAACCUUAUAGAUAUCAAUGAUGAGGUGAAAAGACUCUGCAGUAAUCAACUGAAGAAUAUAUUCUUCCAUGACUGAAAGCAGUAUUUUAAAUAAUAUGUGAAUGAUUAUCACAUUCAGGAAUGUAAUAUUAUUUUAUCUUGUAAAUAUGUUAAUAAAUAUUUUACAGAA